GUUGGUCCACUAAUCAUAUUUUCUCGGCAAACUUUCAUUUACUCACUGUUUCUUACCUCCCAAACAAACACCGAGAAAGUAGAGAGAGAAAGCAGAGCCUGUAGCGAAAAUUUGCAUUCAUUCACUGCACAAAAUAAUAGUCCAAUUAAUUUAAAUUUAAGUCAAUUUGUUAGUAGUUCCGUCAUUUUUCACCCGAAGUUCUGCCAUUGCUUUUCUCAGCUCGCUCUCCAAAGUUCGCGCUGAUGAUCGGUGUUGACUAGGGGCUGAAGUGAGUAUCUGAAAUGUAUUGUCGACUUGGUGUAUGAAGAUUUGUGCACUAUAGAGUUAUCUACCACAAAGGUUUGAGAAAUAUGGAUUUUGCCUGUAGUUUUCAGCAGCUAAAUGUGCUCCAUGGCUGUGAAGGCACAAGUUAUAAGAUUUUGGAUCAUUUUGAUUCGCAUCUGCAGUUUAAAAGCAGAUACUCUGGCUGUAACUUUCUGUGUAAUUCGAGAAUUGUUUUGAAAUCGCAUUUGAAUAAGAAGACUAAAAGAAAUAUUGCUUCUAAUGGUUCUCAGAAUUCGAAUAUAGUGUCCACUGGAGAUUCUGGUAGUCAACUGUGGAGUUCAAAGUUGAGACUAUCAUUUUUUUGUGGCUUUGACUAUGUUUUUAAAGGGUCAAGAGCAGUUCAGUCAUGGUGUCAGAGUAAUGAUUCUUUAGCAUAUGUAAAUGGGAAUGGUCGAAAUGUGGAAUUCAUGGAAAGUAGUGAUGAGAGCUCAGGAGUUGAUGGUGGUGAGUUAAAUGGUUCCAGAGCAGAAAAGAGGCGGGGAGAAGAAGCGGAGGCGCAUAGUGUGGAUGAACUGAGGGAAUUGUUGCAAAAGGCAGCGAGAGAGCUGGAAGUUGCGCAUGUCAAUAGUACCGUUUUUGAAGAAAAGGCCCAGAGAAUAUCAGAAACUGCAAUUGCUUUACAGGAUGAAGCAGCAAAUGCUUGGAAUGAUGUUAAUUCUACCCUUGAUACUAUUCAGGAAAUAGUGAAUGAAGAGUCUGUUGCCAAGGAGGCUGUUCAAAAAGCAACAAUGGCUCUUUCAUUAGCAGAGGCAAGGCUUAAAGUGGCGGUAGAAUCUUUGGAGGCUGCAAAAGGAGAAGUUGAUUCUUUGGAAGGGUCUGAUGAAGAGGAAAAAGCACUUUUAGCUGCUCAACACGAGAUUAAAGAAUCUCAAGAGAAUUUGACAGAUUGUGAGGCAGAGUUGAAGUUCCUACAGAGUAAAAAGGAGGAGUUGCAGAAGGAAGUGGACAAGUUGAACGAAGUUGCGGAGAAAGCGCAGUUGAGUGCCUUGAAAGUGGAGGAGGAUGUAGCGAACAUAAUGCUUUUAGCUGAGCAAGCUGUUGCCUUUGAACUUGAGGCCACACAACGACUGAAUGAUGCAGAGAUUGCAUUACAGAAAGCAGCGAAAUCUCUGUCCAGUUCUUAUGUUGAUCAUGCAGAAACCAUCCAAGGACAGUCCCUGAGUGAAGAGUCUGUCAUUGAGGAGGAGAAUAUUGUCCAAGGUGUUUCUGAUAAUGUUACUGUUGAAAGGGACAGUGAUGUGCUAUCUGAUGCUGAUUCUUUUGUUGUCAAGCCUUUACCAGAUAGUCUGCCUGGCAAAAGCAAUCAGAAUUUUGAAUACGUGAACCAAUCUGAUGAUUCAAGUGAUCAUGAGAGUGGAAAGUUAAGUUUAGACUCACCUAAGGAAGCUGAACUAGAGGCAGAAAAAUCUAAGAAUGUGGUUCAAUCAAAAAAGCAGGAUGUGCAGAAGGAUUUGACUAAGGGGACAUCACCCUUUAAUUCUCCCAAGGCAUUAUUGAAGAAAUCUUCUCGCUUCUUUUCUGCAUCAUUUUUCUCCUUUACUGUAGAUGGGACUGAGUGGACUCUAGCAUCAGUUUUCCAGGGUCUCAUGGGGUCUGUGAGGAAGCAAGGGCCUAAGCUAGUUUUUGGGUUGUUGCUAUUUGGAGCAGGGGUCUCUUUUUAUGCUAAUCGAGCGGAGAGGAAUGCUCAGCUGCUGCAACCUCCUGAGCUCAUCAGCACUAGUAUUGAAGCUGGUAUUGAAGAAGUUUCCUCAAGUGCAAAGCCUCUGAUUCAACAAUUGCGGAAACUACCUAAGAGAAUUAAAAAGCUAAUUGCGGUGUUUCCUCCUGGAGAGGUGAAUGAGGAGGAAGCUUCCCUGUUCGACAUGUUGUGGUUAUUGCUUGCUAGCGUAAUAUUUGUGCCUACCUUUCAAAAAAUUCCUGGAGGAAGUCCUGUUCUUGGUUACUUGGCUGCUGGCAUCCUGAUUGGGCCCUAUGGCCUGUCCAUCAUUCGCCAUGUGCAUGGGACAAAGGCAAUUGCUGAAUUUGGAGUUGUUUUCUUGUUGUUCAAUAUUGGCCUUGAGCUCUCUGUUGAAAGGCUAAGCUCCAUGAAGAAAUAUGUUUUUGGAUUAGGCUCUGCUCAGGUUUUAGUGACAGCAGUGGUGGUUGGCUUGGUUGCUCAUUUUGUUUGCGGGCAGCCUAGUCCUGCUGCAAUAGUCAUUGGGAAUGGCCUGGCACUAUCAUCCACUGCUGUUGUACUCCAGGUGUUGCAGGAACGAGGUGAGAGCACAUCACGACAUGGGCGAGCCACAUUUUCUGUCUUGCUUUUCCAGGAUUUGGCUGUUGUUGUUUUGCUGAUACUCAUUCCUCUUAUCUCACCCAAUUCAUCCAAAGGAGGGGUUGGUUUCCAAGCCAUUGCUGAAGCUCUUGGACUGGCUGCCGUUAAGGCAGUAGUUGCCAUCACUGCCAUAAUUGCUGGUGGACGUUUGUUGCUUCGACCAAUCUAUAAGCAAAUUGCAGAAAAUCAAAAUGCAGAAAUAUUCUCUGCCAAUACACUGCUUGUUAUUCUGGGUACCAGUCUACUUACAGCCAGGGCUGGACUUUCCAUGGCAUUGGGAGCAUUUUUGGCUGGAUUGCUUCUUGCAGAAACUGAAUUUUCCUUACAGGUUGAGUCUGAUAUUGCUCCGUAUCGUGGCCUUUUAUUGGGUCUCUUCUUCAUGACGGUUGGCAUGUCUAUCGAUCCAAAACUUCUUGUUUCCAACUUUCCAGUGAUUAGUGGAACAUUGGGACUCUUGAUUGGUGGAAAGACUUUAUUGGUUGCUCUAGUUGGUAGGCUUUUUGGUAUUUCAAUAAUAUCUGCAAUAAGAGUUGGUCUUUUACUUGCACCGGGUGGAGAAUUUGCCUUUGUGGCAUUUGGCGAAGCUGUUAAUCAGGGUAUAAUGUCUUCUCAGCUAUCAUCAUUGUUGUUUCUGGUGGUGGGAAUUUCAAUGGCCCUCACACCUUGGCUAGCUGCUGGAGGCCAGUUAAUUGCCUCCCGCUUUGAGCUGCAUGAUGUUCGAAGUUUAUUACCUGUUGAGAGUGAGACUGAUGAUUUGCAAGAUCACAUAAUCAUUUGUGGAUUUGGACGAGUUGGUCAGAUCAUUGCCCAGCUUCUUUCAGAGCGAUUGAUCCCUUUUGUUGCUCUUGAUGUAAGGAGUGAUAGAGUGGCAGUUGGACGUGCCCUGGACCUUCCUGUGUAUUUUGGAGAUGCUGGCAGUCGAGAGGUCCUUCACAAAGUUGGUGCCGAAAGAGCAUCUGCAGCGGCAAUAACUCUAGAUAGCCCAGGUGCAAAUUAUAGAACAGUUUGGGCUUUGAGCAAAUAUUUCCCCAAUGUGAAGACCUUUGUCCGAGCUCAUGAUGUUGAUCACGGCCUUAAUUUGGAAAAGGCUGGGGCUACAGCGGUUGUCCCAGAGACCUUGGAACCAAGUCUACAGUUAGCGGCUGCUGUUCUUGCUCAGACGAAACUACCAAUGUCGGAAAUUGCAGCCGCGAUCAAUGAAUUCAGGUCACGGCAUCUGUCAGAGCUGACCGAGCUAUGCGAGAAUACUGGAAGUUCUCUUGGUUAUGGAUUUUCUCGAAUGGUAACUCGACCGAAAACUCAAUCCUCAGAUCCUUCAGACGAGAACCAAGUCAGUGAAGGGACACUGGCAAUAUAGAGAAUAUCAGAUAUUAACAUAACCCCAAAAAAAAGGAACAUGUAGAACUUUAGAGCUGCUUACAUUUUUUUUUUCUCUGGUAUAAAUUGUACAGAGCAUACUGAAAAAAAGGAAAAAAAAAAGGCAAUUGCUUAGACAUACUUUUAUUGAUUAUUCCUUUAUUUCCCA